UAUAUAAAUAGCCUAUAAUGAUCUCACCUCGUCCUGCAAAAUCUUAUACAUAUGUGCUUAUAUUUGUGUAUGUGAUUAUUGAUUAAGAUAUCAAAUAAUCUGGUGCAGUUAAUAUUGCUAUGAAUACAAUGGCUAGCCUUGUUGUUCCAUGCCAUAUUCCUCAUACGACCAUCGUUAACAACUCCUUUGCAUGCGCCUUCCCCGCCAAAAGCCCUUCUUUCAUAAUUAGGCGACGUCGAUGUUCCAAGAUCGCAUGCAAAUCUAGCGAUGACGUGCAUGAGCCCACGCUCGACCGUCGCGACGUCCUCCUCGGCCUCUGCGGCGCCGCCGCCGCCGUCGGCGGACUUGGGGUCGGUAGCAAACCGGCCUUCGGCAGCCCGAUCACGGCGCCGGAUCUCUCCAAGUGCGGGCCCGCCGACUUGCCCAACGGCGUCCCUGUCGUCAACUGCUGCCCUCCAUACUCCAGCACCAUAAGGGACUUCAAGCUCCCGCCGCAGUCGUCGCCCCUCCGCGUCCGCCCCGCCGCCCACCUGGUCGACGCCAACUACCUGGACAAGUACACCAAGGCCGUCGAGCUCAUGAGGGCGCUGCCGGCAGACGACCCGCGCAACUUCACGCAGCAGGCGAACAUCCACUGCGCGUACUGCGACGGCGCCUACGAGCAGAUCGGCUUCCCCGACCUGGAGAUCCAAGUCCAUAACUCGUGGCUCUUCUUUCCGUGGCACCGCUUCUACCUCUACUUCCACGAGAGGAUCCUUGGGAAACUGAUCGGCGACGAGACCUUCGCGCUUCCCUUCUGGAACUGGGACGCGCCAGGUGGCAUCCAGAUGCCCUCCAUCUACACUAAAAAGUCUUCCUCCCUCUACGACAAGUUACGGGACGCCAGGCACCAGCCCCCAGCCCUCGUCGACCUCGACUUCAACGGGGUCGACCCUGGCUUGCCCUACCCGCAGCAAGUCGACCACAACCUCAAGAUCAUGUACCGCCAGGUGGUCUCCGGAGGAAAGACGCCGUUGCUGUUCAUGGGCUCGCCGUACCGCGCAGGCGACGAGCCCAACCCUGGCUCCGGCUCACUGGAGAACAUCCCGCACGGUCCGUUGCACCUAUGGACCGGCGACUCGACGCAGCCGAACGGGGAGGACAUGGGCAAUUUCUACGCGGCGGCGCGGGACCCCAUCUUCUUCGCGCACCACGGCAACGUCGACCGCGUGUGGUAUCUAUGGAAAAAGCUCGGCGGCCGGCACCGCGACUUCGACGACAAGGACUGGCUCAACGCCAGCUUCCUCUUCUACGACGAGAACGCGGACCUGGUCCGCGUCACGGUGAAGGACUGCCUGGAGACGGAGCGGCUGCGGUACACGUACCAGGCCGUGGAGAUCCCGUGGCUGAAGUCGCGGCCGACGCCGGCGAAGAGAGCUGCCGCAGGGACUCAGAGGCUGGGGAGACCGAGCGCUUCUACCGCGGAGGCAGCGAGGUUCCCGGUGGUGCUUAAUUCGCCGGUGAGCUUCACGGUGAAGCGGCCGAAAUUAUCUAGGAGCGGCGCGGAGAAGGAGGCGGAGGAGGAGGUGCUGGUGGUGGAGGGCAUCGAGUACGACCGCGACUUCUUCAUCAAGUUCGACGUGUUCGUGAACGCCCUCGAAGGGACGGAAGGGCUGACUCCCGGCGAGAGUGAGUUCGCCGGAAGCUUCGUGAACGUGCCUCACAAACACAAGCACCGGAAGAAAGAGAAAAAGCUGAAGACGGGGCUUCGCCUCGGGAUCACGGACCUGCUGGAAGACAUCGGAGCUGAGGGCGACGAGAGCGUACUGGUGACGAUCGUACCGAGAGCCGGGAAGGGGAAGGCGUCGGUGGCCGGCAUCAAAAUUGACUUCUCAAAGUGAAAAACCAUCCACCACAACACGCAAUCAAUUAGUCAAUGCAUUUGCCUCAUUGUGUGUGUAUACAUAUAUUUCGUAUAUAUAUAUAUAUAUAUAUAUAUAUAUAUAUAAAAGCUCAUAUAAUCGCCGAAAUCGCCGAUAAUAUUAUCAAUAAAAAUUGUUGCAUCAUUUUCCUUAA